GAUUGGGAUUUGGGAUUUGUGGAGAGGACUCGGCGCGCGCACCCUUUGCUGCCCUCUUCCUCUCCCGCCACCGGCCGCCCGGUCACCCGGAGAUGGCGACGGCCACCGCCUCCACGCCGCUCCGCCCGCUGCCGUCGCCUCCAUCCCCGCCUCGGCUUGCGGGUUCGCUGCGUCGGUGGUGUUGGGGGAUCCCUGUGCAUUCCCAUCGGAGAGCUUUCCAUGCGCAUCGGCGGAGGCGGUUCGUGCUGAGCGCUUUGUUAUGCGCAGCCAUCAAAGGUCCUGAAGAAUCCUUCAAGAAGACCAUUGAAGUGGAUAGGCUGAUUGAUAUGCUAAGGGACGCAAAUCCAAGGGAGCUUGAUGUAAUAGUGGUUGAAAAUAUUCUGGCAUUCAGCGAGGGUUUCUGGGUUCGGCUGGCUGCUAGGAUUGAUCUAUGCAAAUCGGAUGAUGAUAAAAAAGAUUACGAAGAAUUGGCUGAAAAUAUCAUGAACAUAGUUGACCGUGUCGUCCACAAGACUGACGAGAAGAUUGAGCAGUCAACUGAUGUUCUGAAGGCAAUUAUUAGUCCUGUUAUGCAAGAAGGAGAAGAUGUGAUGUGGCCACCAAGAGACCCAGAGGCCCUAAAAUUGAUGGAGAUGGAAAUAUCAAAUAGAGAAAAAGAAGGACAGCUAGAUGAGAGUUUUCUGUCAGAAGUUAAUGCUCAGUUGAGGCAAGCUAAAGAAGAUGGUGAUAAGCCAGGGCUUCAAGCCAUGCUGCAAAAGGUAUUGCAACUAUAUGCUUGCAACUUUCUCCAAAAGCGCAGUUAUGCUUAUAAAGGGGGAGAGGUUGUAGUGCCUGAAAAGUUUCUUGAAUCGAUAAUACAGGCUCCUGAAAAUGACUGGAACAAACUGCUGCUUGACGGACUUACAGUUGGAAAGGGGGAUGUUUCGCCUGAAGAACUUUACACUGUUACGAAGAAGAGAAUUGAGAGAAUCUUAAUUCGCACAGAAGGAGGUUCUUAUCAGCAACGUGUACUUGUUGAAUAUAUAAAAGAGAUACAGGCCAGAGCAGAGGAGAUUGUGAAUCGGCUUCAAGGACCAGCUAUCUAACAUUAUGGUAGUGUUGUAACUUGUCGAUCGGUUUUAUAGUAGUGCUGUAACUUCUGAUUCCAUUGCGUUCAAUAGAUUGGGAAGAUUGGAUUCUAUCUUUAGCUGAAGUAUUUCCAGAAUGCUUUGUGGCAAUAAAAAUUCAUUGUGGGGUUCCUGAAUGGGCAUGGAGGGAUCAUCUGUAAUCGGAGAUUUCAAUGCUUGGUACUCCCUCGGUUCCAUAA